GCUGCUGCUGCUGCGCCUUCGUGCCGCCGCCUCCUCCUCCGGGUCCCCGCCAGAAGAGCUGGCUGCGAGGAAGGAGCAAGGCGACUGCUGCUGGGCUCUCCGGGGUGGGCGAAGCGUGGUGGAGCCUUCUUCGUUCAGGGCACUGGUUACUUCUGAGGAGAACAGCCUCUGCUCCAUCCUGCUGUAGGCGGAACAAUACAGCAGCAACCAAGGCAGACCUCAGUGCAGUUGAAGAAGGAGACGAGCGCAGACCCCUGGGAGGCUCCAAUGGCCAGCAACAACACCACCAGCAUAGCGCAAGCCAGGAAACUGGUGGAACAGCUCAAAAUGGAGGCCAACAUUGACAGAAUAAAGGUGUCGAAAGCAGCAGCCGACUUGAUGGCGUACUGCGAAGCUCACGCCAAGGAGGACCCCUUGUUGACGCCCGUCCCUGCUUCCGAAAACCCCUUUAGGGAGAAGAAGUUCUUCUGCACGAUCCUCUAGACCUCACAGGAGCCUGACUCCGCCUUGGGCCACCCUGGACACUGAUGUAGAGAUUUUUCAGCACCGUGGACGUGUUUCCAGAGUCCACCCAAUUUAAAAAUCCAACCGCCUGGAAGUUGACAGAGAAGUGCAUGUUCCGAGAGCCAGCGGCCGCCUUCUUUGGAGAACAAGAGGCUGACGAUGUUGAGCUACGUCAUGAGGCUAAAGAUCUUGACAUCUGCAGAGUUGCCUGGAGAGGGAGGGGGAGAUGUGUGUAAAAAAAGUCGAUGUGAUGUUCACUUGCUCUGGCCAAACAAAAACCCCUUUUUGUCUUUUCUUUUUUCUUCCCCCAAAAGAGGGUUGCGCAGAGCAAAGUUUAAAAAUGAUGCAAAGGGGUGUGGUGUGUGCAUUUGUGUAUAGCCCUUCUUGUUUAGCCUUUUCUCGAAUGUCACUCUUAUUUAUGUUGAAUUGUAAAAUAAUAAUCACAACAGGGUUAGAGUGAUUCCAGUGUCUCUCGGCGUUGGGUCUUGUGUAUAGUUAGCCUUCUAGAAUAGGGCCUCGUGGAGGGGGAGGGGCCAGGGCUGCAGCCACCAAUCGGCUGGAGCCUUUUGAUAAAAGAUUUCGCUGAGGAUUUGUCAGAGCUGUUGAUUGGCCACGGGCUGUCUUGUGCAUUCCUAGUAUACUUUAGUACCACUGUUUUUCUAACAUUUGUAUUUGGUAGGUUUUGUUCUGCAAGUAAAUUGUAUGUUGUGAUGGA